AUGGAGGGCGACCAGGACGAGCAGCAGCAUGGUGAUGAGCCACAGCAAGAGCAAGAAGAGCGCCCAGAGCGCCGACAGAGGAGGGACGCGCAAGCCGCAGGCCCUCCCCAGGAACUGCACAACCUGCUGCGCAUCCUUGCACGGCAGCGCGUAGUGCUGGCGGAGCGUGCCAGGGCCGCCACCAACGCCGACCUGAUUGCAGCGCUGCGUGAGAGCGGUAUGCUGACGAGCGAGGCUGUGGCGGGCGCAAUGCUUGCGGUGCCACGCGGCGCCUUUGUGCCGAUCGAGCACAGGGCGGAGGCCUAUGUGGACGCCCCCAUAAGGGUGGAGGCCGAGGGUUUCAAUAUCAGCGCGCCACACAUGCAUGCGUCCAUGCUGGAGUCGCUGAGGCUGCAGCCAGGAGACAGGUUCUUGGACGUGGGCUGCGGCUGCGGCGUGCUCGCCGCCUGCGCCGCCAUGCUGGUGGGCCCCUCUGGCCGCGUGGCGGGUGUUGACACGCGCGACUACUGCGUGGAGCUCAGCGCAGACAACGUCGACCGCCUGCGCACCACCAGCCCAGACUACGCUGCUGCGUCGUGUGAUGUUGAGUUUGAGAAGCACAACAUUUUCCUGCCCAGCCGCCGCUACAGGGGCCGGUACAACAAGGUGUGUGUGGGCGCUGCCUGCCCGGAGGAGCGGGUCCACCUGCUGCUGCAGCUGCUGCCCCAGGAGCAGGGCUCCCUGCUGCUGGCCCCGGUGGACACAGACCUGCGACUCUACGAGAGGAGGCGCGACGGGUCUGCGCGCUCCACCACCAUAUCCAGCGUCCGCUUCUCGGAGCUCGAGGUGCCGAGUGACGCCACUGUGGCCCUGGCCAUGCUGGAUGAUGCGGCUGCGGAGCGCCUGGCGGUGCAGGUGUCACCCUCCACCUGGGCGCGAGACAUGGGGCCGCUCACGGCAGGGGGCACGGCGCGCUGCCCCCACUUCCGUGCACGCUUGAGCAGCGGCAUGCGCGACUCAGACGGCCCCAGCCACGCCGUGCCCGAGGCCUUUGCGCAGCAUAGCGUGCAGGCCCUGGUGUCGUACAUCUACACAGACGUGCUGCCCUCAGGCCUUGAGCCGCCACAACUGGCUGAGCUGCUGCAUGUUGGGAGCUUCUAUGGCUGCACCAGGCUCAUUGAGCUGUGCGAGCAUCGCCUCGUGGACGCACUGCUGCAGCUGGAGCCAGAGCAGGGCGCGGCCGAGGCGCCCUCCCUGCUGCGCCUGGGGGGCGAGCUGGGCCUCACGCAGCUGCAGCGCGCCGCGGCCGCCUUCAUCGCGGCCCACUACAGCGCCUCCUCAAAGUCGGAGGCCUACGCCGCCCUCAGCCGGGCCGAGGUGGACCGCGUCGCUGCUGAGCUGGCAGCAGGCGCCACCAGGGUGCGCGCGGUCCUGGCGGAGCUGCAGCCAUCAGAGGGGUUUCAGGCGCAGACUGCUGCGGAGAGGCAGCGCAUCCUCUGGUUCUAA